UUUCAAUCGAGCAAAAGUCAAGGCGCACACGAACAAGCAUGUCGCGCGGCGGAAUCGACUUCUCCGUGGACAGCAUCCCCAGCAACUCGUAUGCGUACACCAACUGCGUGUACACGACCAAAGAAGACUUUGUGGCGCUCGUGAACCUGUGUCCGCGCGGGGUGACGACGAAGGAACAGAUCCACGAGUUCGGCCUCAACGUAUGGGUCAACCAAAAGUACGUGUUUGCCGCCAAGCCGCUUCGGGAAAUGGCCCCCAAGGCCAUCGGCAUGGGGGGCAUGCAGCGCAUGUGCCUGAACCUCGCCAAGAGUCAAAUGUGCUCCGUCACCCCGUGGGUUCCUGACGUCUCGCGCGGGUUUGCGAUCGCGACCAUCCAUCUCGAAGUGCAGCAAGUGAUGCGCGCGGGGUCAAACCAACUCAACUUUGACUGCGACGUCGUCAAGGCCAACUUUGAAAAGCUGUACGUGAACCAGGUGUUUGCCGCGGGGCAGCUCCUCGUCGUCGACGUCGACGGCGCGCCGGUCAAGUUGAGCGUGUCCAAGGUCGAGCUGCUCGCCCCCCCGGACGGCGUCGCCCCGUCGUCCCACCAAUCCACCAUGGGUCUCUUCGUCAAGGGGAGCGCGCUGGUCUUCACCAAGUCCAAGGACGCUCCCGUGAAGCUCGUCAACCAGGGUGCGACGGCAGGGGGGGGUAACCGCAUUUUCAAACCGGAUUUCGACUUUUCCAAGCUCGGGAUCGGCGGCCUGGACAAGGAAUUCAACGACAUCUUCCGCCGCGCGUUUGCUUCGCGUGUGUUUCCGCCCGCGAUCAUCGAGAAGAUGGGCAUCAAGCACGUUCGAGGCAUGUUGCUGUUUGGGCCGCCAGGGUGUGGGAAGACGUUGAUUGCGCGUCAAAUCGGCAAGGUGCUGAAUGCAAAAGAGCCCAAGGUCGUGAACGGUCCCGAGAUUUUGGACAAGUUUGUGGGCGAGUCGGAGCGCAAGAUCCGCGAACUGUUUGACGACGCGCGCCGGGAGCAGAACGAUCUGGGCGAGGCGUCCGAGCUGCACAUCAUCAUCUUUGACGAGAUCGACGCCAUCUGCAAAGCCCGCGGCAGUUCGCGCGACGGCACGGGCGUCGGCGACUCGGUCGUGAACCAGCUGCUCACGCAAAUCGACGGUGUCGAUAGCCUCAACAACGUGCUCGUGAUUGGCAUGACCAACCGAAAGGACAUGCUCGACGAAGCGUUGAUGCGUCCGGGGCGGCUGGAAGUGCAAAUGGAAAUCAACCUGCCCGACGAAAAAGGCCGCGCGCAGAUCCUGACCAUCCAUACCCAGCGCGCCAAGGACAACGGAUUCCUCGACGACUCGGUCGUGUCGGACUUGAGCCACUGCCUCGCGCCCGUCACCAAGGAGUAUCUGAACCUGGCGCAGCGCACCAAAAACUUCAGCGGCGCCGAAAUCGAAGGGCUCGUACGCGCGGCCACCGCCCACGCUUUGUCUCGAGGCACGGACGGCAAGACGUUCCACGCGGCGGCGAAUUACAUCCCGAAGCUGUCGAUGGCGGAUUUUGACUUGGCGCUGACCGAGAUCAAGCCCAAGUUUGGGUCUCCGCAGGACUCGCUCUCGUUGUACUACCGCGCGGGAUUGCACUCGUUCGGUCCCGAGUUUGAAACGGUCAAAUCGACGCUCAACGCGCUCAUUCACCAGGUCAAAGCGAACGAAAACACGCCGCUCAUGAGUGUGCUCUUGCACGGGGAACCCGGCAGCGGCAAGACGGCGCUGGCAGCCGCGUGCGCCGUCGCGUCCGAGUACCCGCUGGUGCGUCUGAUCAAGGCGGCGGACCUGAUUGGUCGGCAGGAAGGCGCCAAGUGUGGACACAUUUACACUGUGUUUGAAGAGGCGUACCGGUCACCGCUAAGCAUGAUCAUCUUGGACGACAUCGAGCGGCUGCUGGAGUAUGUUGGCCUCGGUCCUCGCUUCUCCAAUGCCGUGCUCCAAGCGUUGUUGGUAUUGAUCAAGAAUCCCGUGCCAGUACUCGGACGCAAGCUGCUCGUCGUGGGCAUCACGUCGUCGUUUGACGAGAUGAAGAUGCUGGGGCUGCCCACCGUGUUUGACGUAACGCUCGAGGUGCCGCUGCUCCGCCAUCCGUCCGACUUUGACGCGGUGCUCGUCGGCGCCGCGGUCAACAUUGAACCGACCGAGCGCAGUCGCGUGGUGGAAUUGCUCGGCCAAAAACCCAUGGGCGUCAAGAAACUGCUGUUGAUCUCGGAAAUGGCGCGCCAACGCACGGCCGACGACCACGAGGAAGCCACUACUACUGUGAUCACGUACCAGCGCUUUGUGGACUGUCUCUACAAGUUUGGGUUUUAACGAACACGCGUAACAACUAUAUCAUCGACAGACAACAUAUACAUGGGUUUCGAACGAAAUAUAUUGCAAACGACGAUACUUUCUAUAUUAAAAGAUAUGUGCAUUUCUCCCCAAUGAAUUUGGACUUGAGAGAGUCGUUUCG